CCGACGCCAACGGCAAUGUCUGUGUGGCAAAGGAAGAUUUUGAGCAUUCCUCCACAUUCGCUUGGGUUUUCUGUUUUAGUCAACAACGCGGCAACGGCAAGCGCCAAACGACACAAACAAGAAUCGCCUCCGACCGACCGACCCACCUCAAGAAAUCUCGAAAACAACACGAAAUUCCAAAUUGAAAUUGAAAUUGAAACCAAAUAUCGAGUAAAUCGAAAUCAAAAAUCGCGUAAAUCGAAUCCAAAACCAAAACAAAAAGACAAGUUCGAAUCCAAACGGUUCCUCGAUCUCCAUCUCUCUGAAUUCGGGUAUUCCCGAAUCAAGUUCGAAACAAAAGAGCAGUACCCCCCCCCCCCCCCCCCCCCCCACCACCACCAACUCGAGUGCGAUCUGUUUGCCGGCUUUCUUGGCAGUUUUUUAUCAAAGGGCCUGAAGACCAAUCAAUUGGUUGUGAAUACGGAUGAGAAAACCCUGCGACCCGUUGCACGACUGAAGGAACCGCGCGAUCUUUUCGCCCUGCCGAAGGACAAGGACAAUGACUGCUCACAGCAGGCCCCCAGAUGGCCGGUGGAGUGUCAGGUCAUCGAGGAGCGCAUCACACACAUUCCCUAUGUGCCGGCCCAGCCCGAGCCGCUCAAUGCGCCGACGGGCAACGAGCUGAAGCCACGGCCCGUGGGCGAGGAGAAUGGAAUUGUUGUGUUCAGCUACAGUCCCAUCAGUGCGGUCAAUUAUGCAAAGCCCAGGGCCAAGAAGGAGGAUGAGUCGAGUGAUGAGUCGGACUACUCAUCGGACUCCAGGAACGACUCAACGCCGCCCAGUCGAUCGACGCCAGUGCGGCAGCCGGCUGGGAGUCGCGGUGGCAAGCUGAACAGCGUCUCCAAGAUGAUCAACAGCCUGGACAAUCGCUCGACCAGCGCCUCCCUGGACGAUGACGUUGAUUACGAUGAUGAGUAUGACUACGACACGAGUGGCGCUGGCUGCGGCUUCAGUGGCGAGGCUCGGGAAAAAGCCAUCAUCAAGGAUCUCAUUGAGGAGAAGAAGCGCCGCUACAUGAAUGCCGCUGCCAGCGCAGAGGAGAAGCAACAGCAACAGCAACAACCCACUGCCGGGGCAAGUGCUGGCCACAACAGCCAGACGGCCAGCCGAUCGGAGAGCAAGCCCAAGAGCACGUCGACGGAGAAGAGCAACGCCAUCAGCGAGAUCGAUGACAUCUGGAAGAACAACACCAGCGAGUACAAGCCCGCCUCGCCGCGCUACAUCCUCAGCCAGUUUGGGAAGAAUGUGACCAAGGCCAUGAUCGAUCGCCUGGUGGAUCAAGGCGAUGACAAACACCCGACAACGGGCACGGCCGGCGGCAAUCAAAAGGUAGCGUCGUCGAGCAAGUAUGCCAUUUCCCCGAUCAAGUUGCCCAAAAAGAACAUUGCUCGCCUGGAGGUGGCCUUUGAGCGCAGUGCUCGUCCCGUUUCACCGAACUCGAACAUAGUCACAAAUUCAGAGACGAAGCAAAGCUCCGAUUCCGAUAAGGAAUCCACCACCGAAUCAGUUGACACAACAUCGUGGCAUUCAUGUCGACUUUCUGGCGGUGCCGACACUAUGCCACUGUCUCCUGCUGGCUCGGAAACUGUCUCCGAAACGGAAACCUUGGUGGGGGAAGAGAGCAAGAGCGAAAUCAGGCUAGCAUCUGUGGGGCAGCAGAGCAGGAUUAAGUACCCAAGAGCGAGGAACUGCACCGUGCCAUAUACGCAUGCGCAAACCCUUGCAGCAGCAGCCAAUAGGGUAGCACGGGCCCAUCGUAAUGCAGAGCCAAGGCUCAUGGGUGAAGGUAGGACGGGUACUGGGACUGGGACUGGGACUAGCACUGGCACCACCACGAGUAACCUUAAUGCUUGUAGCCCGAGCAUAGAUUCAUCGUUCCAGAGUCAAGAAUCAACGACUAAUCAGGAGACGAACACCUCGUCUCAAUCGUUUUUAUCCUCUUCUAAUCCUUUGCCACAAGAACAGUUCAGCCGUUCGGCGGUGGGCGGUGCCAAAUUCGUCACAAACUGCCAUCCCAUGAAUCCGGAGGAGUACGAUGGCCUCGAGUUUGAGUCGCGCUUCGAGAGCGGCAACCUGGCCAAAGCGGUACAGAUCACGCCCACCUACUAUGAGCUGUAUCUGCGUCCCGAUCUCUACACGAGCCGCUCCAAGCAGUGGUUCUACUUUCGCGUGCGCCGCACACGCCGCAAGAUGCUCUAUCGCUUCUCGAUUGUGAAUCUCGUGAAGUCCGACAGCCUCUACAAUGAUGGCAUGCAGCCGGUCAUGUACUCCACACUGGGGGCCAAGGAGAAGAGCCAGGGCUGGCGGCGUUGUGGUGAUAAUAUCUGCUAUUAUCGGAAUGAUGAUGAAAGAAGUACCAGCAACAAUGCCAAUGAGGAGGAUGAAGACAACUCCACAUACACGCUCACAUUCACCAUUGAGUUUGAGCACGAUGAGGAUGCGGUUUACUUUGCCCACAGCUAUCCGUACACGUACAGUGAUCUGCAGGACUAUCUCAUGGAGAUCCAGCGGCAUCCGGUCAAGUCAAAGUUCUGUAAAUUGCGUCUACUCUGCCGCACAUUGGCGGGGAAUAAUGUCUACUAUCUGACGGUGACGGCACCCUCCAGCAAUGAAGAAAAUAUGCGGCGUAAGAAAUCAAUUGUGGUAUCGGCACGUGUCCAUCCAAGCGAAACGCCCGCCUCGUGGAUGAUGAAGGGACUGAUGGACUUCAUCACUGGCGACACAACAGUGGCCAAGCGGCUGCGCCACAAGUUCAUCUUCAAGCUGGUGCCAAUGCUGAAUCCAGAUGGUGUGAUUGUGGGCAAUACGCGCAACUCGCUGACCGGCAAGGACUUGAAUCGUCAAUAUCGCACGGUUAUCCGUGAGACAUAUCCAUCCAUUUGGUAUACAAAAGCCAUGAUUAGAAGACUGAUUGAAGAAUGCGGCGUGGCCAUGUACUGUGACAUGCACGCGCACUCACGCAAACACAACAUAUUUAUUUAUGGCUGUGAGAAUAAGCGAAAUCCGGAGAAGAAGCUCACCGAGCAGGUGUUCCCCUUGAUGCUACACAAGAACAGUGCAGAUCGGUUCUCGUUUGAGAGCUGCAAAUUCAAGAUACAGCGCAGCAAAGAGGGCACUGGUCGUAUUGUGGUCUGGAUGUUGGGCAUCACCAAUAGCUACACAAUUGAGGCAUCCUUUGGUGGCUCCUCGCUGGGCUCACGCAAGGGUACGCACUUCAAUACGCAGGACUAUGAACACAUGGGACGUGCAUUUUGUGAGACACUUUUGGACUAUUGCGAUGAGAAUCCAAACAAAGUAAAGCGCCAUGCAAAGUUAUUUAAGCAAAUCAAAAAGAUAAGAAAACGCGAGAAACGCGAACAGAAAGCAUUAAAAUUACAGAAAAUGGCCGAUCAGAUUUUAAAUUUACUCAAACAACAGGACAGGCUGCGAUCCAAAAUCAUCGAAAGACUGAUGAGAGAAGGCUCCAGUGCAGACGAGCCAUUGAAUAUACCAUUAUCGGAUUACUCCAGCGACGAGGGCAACUGCAGUUCCAGUUCGGACAACGAGGGCAAGCACUCAAUCACGGCCUCCGAUCUGGAGGGACCCUGCUGUGCACCCACACGUGCCCCGCCCAGUUCCCCCGAGGUCAUACAUGAGAUACGAAAGUUCCGCUUGCGGCGCAUGAGGAAGGUGAUGCACGAACUGGAUCGCAUUUACUUUACGCCGAUGUUCCAGCGCAAGUUCAAGGCAAUCAACACACUGAAGCGACGUCGCCACAAGCUGGGCGCCACCAAGACACCGUCGACCGUCGUGGUCAAGCGACUGAAAGGUGGUGGCGGUGGGCCAGAGGGCAGCAACACCACUGCCAACGUUGCAUCGAUGGCUGAGCAGAGGAAGAAGCCCGUGGAAAAGGAUAGCGCUGACAGCAGUGGUUCGAGCUCUCAGUCGCAGGAGAAUGACUCGGCAGAGACAACAAAGAAGCCAGCAGCGCGAGGGACACGAAGCACGGCCAGCUCCAGUCAGGCUAGUGGAGCAUCCAAGCAGAGAGCCAAAAAGAAAAAGUGUUUGCCAACGGAGACGAAGAAGAAGCCCCAAGCGAAUCACAAGCUGCAUGUGAAUCGCAACUUUCGCCUGUGGCUGGCCAAUCGCAAGAUCUUCAUAUGUCGCCGUAGAAAGUCCAUGCAGACGCGUCGCACUCGCGUGCGCAACAAGGCGCCCAAGAAGCGCGGCGAGGUGGUGCGCACCACACUGGAUCUGCCCACCACCGAUCCUGGCUCCGAUCUGCACUUCUCCACCGACGACGAAGAGCACUCGCCCACCAUCGGGCCGAGUGGCUAUGGUGCCGUGGCACCACUGCGGCACACCCUGCUCCAGAGCGAGCUGCAGCGGCGUUACAUUGAGGAAAUCGGCGACACGGUGGUGCAGAAGCCAAAGCCCGCCUACAUGCCACCGGAGCUGAUUGUGACAACGCCCUCGAAGAGCAACACACCGGGCGGUGGGGCCAAGCUCGACUUUUACAAGCUAACGCCGCGCACUGCGCCCGAGCUGGAUGGCGGAGCCCAAAGGGGCAUGUACAAGCAACAGGGUGGCAGCCUUGGGGGCGCAACAUCAACGUCGGCCCGGCGCACCUACUCGUGGCACAAUCUCGACCAGGAGGCAGCCGCCAUUUCCUCGAGCAAGCAGGCAGCCGCCAGCUUCUAUAUGCAUGAGAGCAAGGCAGCGAUGAAGAUAAAGCCUCCGCCACGAAGGCAUGUUCCCAGCAACUUCAUACCGCAGCGAAAUGUGACAAACACAUCCUCGGCGGAUGAUCUGCAGCUGAAGCUGUCGCUGAAGAAGAAAAUCUGGACGGGUGCCCACGGGGAGCCCGACGGACGACCGCUGUCCUGGUUCAAGGGUCACAUGAACCAGACGCACCAGUCACAGGCUCAGGUGCAGGCGCAGACCAAUGCCAUGGCCAGUGCAGCCAGUGCCAUACGCAGUGCAGGAGGAGGAGGAGGAGGAGGAGGAGGAGGUGGCACAGCAAGCCGCACCGUGUUCACUGCUGCCAGUGGCAAAGAAGCGACUGCAGGCGUGGCAACAGGAGCUCCAGCAGCAGCAGCACCGCCCACACGCAAGCCCAGGAAGCUCGAGCAAGUGGAUUUGUUCACCGCCUGCUCCCAGAAGCUCAUCAUGUGGCAGCAGCAGGAGGAGCACAAGAAAAUGCAGCCGCAGCGUCUGAUACGCGUUGAGGAGCAACAGCGUGAGAUGAUGCGCUCCUUCAAGCCCAUGCAGCUGGGCAAGAAGCAAUCAUUGAUGGGCAGAACGAUGGCCGGGCUGGGCCCCGAUGCCAGCAGUGCUGGACUGAAGGUCAAACGUAAAUCGAGCAGCAUGAUGAAGAUUGCAGAGACCACACAGCUGGUCACACGCUUUGCACGCACACGCGGCAGUUCCGGAAGCUCGGCACUCCAGCAGCAGCAGCAGCAGCAGCAGCAGAUGCAGCUGCAGCAGCAGCAGCACGCAUCUCAGGGCCAGCGUAUGAUGUACAAGAAUCAGUCGAUGGCCAACUCGGGCAGCGGACGCCAUUACUCCGCUGGCAUGAUCAAUCCACAGCAUGGACACCGCGGUCCCAGCAAGUUCAAGACGGGCGGACUGGUGGUCACUGCCGUCCAGCAGCCGGGCAUGGCGCCCGGCAGCAGCAACAGCUCUCGACGGAUGCGCAAUGCAGCCGGACUGCCGGUGAAGGCCAGCCAGGGCCACACAGCACUCGGAGCAGCUGCAAACGGCAGCAUCAGCAGCGGCAAUGGAAACGGUUUGCUGCAGUACCAGCGGAACAGUGCCGCCAACACACAAAUCAGCAAAUCCUCAACGACGGGCAUCAGCCUGGACACGGUCAACCUGGUGCGCAAGGUGAAGACCAAGCUGAAGAAGCGCAAGUCCCGCGCUCUGACCAAUGGAGCUGCCAAGUAGUAUACAACAACAACACGACACACCGCACCCCCUCCAUCCAACGAGCCUCACUUCCUUCACUCAAGAAACCAGCUACAGCUGCUGCUACUCCUUCGAGCCUUCCAAUCAGCAAGGAGGAGCCCAUUGCAUUGUGUGUUUUCAGUAUUGAAUUUUGUUUAAACCUUUAACCGCCUCCCUGCCUCUCCCCCAACAUGUUGUUUUGUUCCGCUUUAAAUCGAAAUCUUUAGUCGAAUUUUCAACUCAAGUUUGUUAUGCAAAAAUGAUUAGCAAAAUUAAUAUAGUAA